AUAGAGGAGACAUAAUUGUACCGACGAGGGGGGGGGGGGUAAGGUUUAUAUUUUGCCUCAAAUUGAUACGCCUGUACAAAGAUCGAUUCGUUUCGCUCGCACGCACAUACUCAAUCAGUCAAUGCUCCCAACUUGAACAUACAGUACCACCGCGCUGGAAUGGCAGGGUUGUUACAGGGAAGUGGGAGUUAGAUCAGUUUUCAGUGCGGUUUGCUCUGUCGUUUGUUGGUUGAGUGCUUAUUUCUGCUCUGGUGAAUGACAUACAUGUGUAUGUAUAUAUGGAGAGAGAGAGAGAGAUUUCAUCCAUUUCCGUGCUAUAUGCCUUCAACGUAGUAUCUACCCACGUAUCUACCAUAUAUCUCCACAAGUAGGUCCUCGAUCUAUACAUUACUUAAAAACGUGUGGAUGGGACUGGAAGCUGCAAGGUGAUAUAUAUAGAGAUCGUCUGCACUCUGAAACAUAUCUCGCUGCGUGUUAUUCGACGGUCACGAUGGGGUCACAAUCUAGUCUUCCUGAGGUCGACCUGGCAGAUAAAACGAUCGUCGUGACAGGAGCUAAUACAGGAAUCGGAUAUGAAACAGCAAAGUCGCUUGCUCAGGUGGGUGCAAAGGUCAUUCUAGCAUGCCGAUCUGAACCUAAAGCACAGGAGGCUAUCGACCAGAUGAAGAAAGAACAUGCCGAGGAGAAAGCAGAUCCUAAAAAGCAGAAAAUAAAAAUAAACGUCGAUGACCUCAGCGUAGAGUUCAUGGCUCUUGACCUAGGGUCACUGCAAAGCACAAUGACAUUCAUAGAAGCCUACAAGAAUACAGGGCGCCCUCUCCAUGUUCUUAUUUGCAACGCAGGUAUUAUGUGGGGACCAGAAGAGCUGACUUCGGAUGGAUACGAGCCUCAUUUUCAAAUCAACUACCUGUCUCACUUUCUCCUCAUCUUACACCUGUUACCCGUCUUGAAGAGCUCCGGUCCAUGUGCUCGAGUCGUCUCAGUGUCGUCACUGAUGUACCGCUUUGCUAGCUGGAACGCCGCCGAUCUCCAGUGUCUGAAGAAUAACGACAGGGGCAAACGAUACGCUAACUCCAAGUUAUACCAGGUGAUGCACAUGUUCUCAUUGGCUCAACGGUUAGAAGGGUCAGGGGUCGACGUAUUUUCGCUGCAUCCCGGUGUCGUCAAAACGGAACUCACAACCCGUGAGGGGCAGAGUGUUCCGGGGCUAACGAAAUUGUUCGUUCGCAAUGGAGGAAAAAUGAUACGGACGCCGUUCGAAGGUGCUCUGACGUCACUCCACGCAGCCGCAGACCCGGCGUAUGACAACAAGACCGCGCUCUAUUUCGAGAGCUCAAAACCACACAGUGUCAACUCAACAGCAAGAAACAAGGACAAACAAGAGAUUAUCUGGAAGUAUUCCCUUGAAUGCCUCAGCGACCAUAUCACAGACGAAGCAAUGAAAGUAUUCACAUCAAAGUGAUACACUUUCAUUCUAUUUUGUUUCAUAAAGACAUACAUUUUCAAGACAUUUUAAUACCCACCAAAAUGUGACACUAUUGCCUCGUUUUACACAGAGUUGUGAUUGAUUCCAUUAAACCAUGAGGUAUAUUCAUACAUUCAAAGUUUUCUCGAAAAUUCACUGUGCUUUUCUUUGAUUACAAAGGACAUUCUUUGGUUACAAAGACAUUGUGCAAAUUUCCUAUAUAAAACAAAAUGAUGGAUUGGAUUUUCAUUAUUAUAGUUAAGGUUGUUCGGAUCAAUCAUAAUUCUUUGUACAACGGGGCGUCGCUGUUCCGAAACCAACAAUAAGUCCCCAAAAUGAAUGAUACUUUUUUUCAUUAAGUUAUAAUCAGCACAUCGUGAGCUUUAAAAUGAUAUGUUUUGUCCAAAUUGAAUAACGAUGACCUACCCAAGUACUUGAUUGAAUGUAGACGAAGUGAAAGAGGUUUGAAGAAUACGGAGAAAACGAUCUCUGAGGUAUAUACAGUGUUCACUCAAGCAUGAAUGGGCGCACUCUGCAUUCUCGGUGAAAUUUCCAAGCAGUCCGAAAAAAAAACGGGCCAAAGAAACGCUUAAAGGACAAGUCCACCCCAACUAAAACUUGAUUUGAAUAAAAAGAGAAAAAUUCAACAAGCAUAACACUGAAAAUUUCAUCAAAAUCGAAUGUAAAAUAAGAAAGUUAUGGCAUUUUUAAAGUUUUGCUUCAUAUCACAAAACAGUUAUUUAUGCACAUCUCGGUCGGUAUGCAAAUGAGGAACUGAUGACAUCACUCACUAUUUUUGUAUUUCAUUAUAUGAAAUAUGAAAUAUUUUUAUUUUAUCGUUGUCCUGUGAAAUGAAGUUUCAUUCCUCCCUGAACACGUGGAAUUCCAUUAUUUUAACAUUUUAUGUUUCAGGCAAGGAGGUCCUAAUCGUCAAAUUUGUAAAAAUUGAAAUAGUGUAUAAAUCAAACAAUAAAAACAAAAGAAAUAGUGAGUGAGUGACAUCAUCGACUCUCUCAUUUGGAUGUAACUGGCUCGUUCAUAUAACUAUUUUGUUAAAAAUAAGCGAAACUUUGAAAUGUCAUAACUUUCUUAUUUUACAUCCGAUUUUGAUGAAAUUUUCAGCAUUGUGCUUGUCUGAUUUUUCUAUAUUGAUUCAAAUCAACAUUUUUCUGAGGUGGACUUUACCUUUAAAUAUCCUCUUUUCUUUUCUUUUCCUUUACAAUUCUAAAUUUUGACGUUAUAAAGAAGAACUACUCUUUCCGUCGGGCUAAUUGGUAUUUUACUUUUAAUAACAGCAAAUAACAAUUUUUGCUACUUACGGAGAGCCUUGGUUUUAGGUGGCUGGUCACAAAUGUUGUUUCGCGAUAAGUGUGGGCCUUGAAAGAGAAAUGUCAGAUAUAUCACAAAGAUGACAACCAGGGCCCCCGACUUACAAAGAGUUACGAUUGAUCCAAUCAAACGUAACUCUAUGAAAAUCCAUCAUUGUCAUAAUUUCUUCUGCAGGAAAUUCGCAAAAUGUCCUUUGUAAACAAAGAAGAUCACACCAAAUUGUCAAGAAAUCAAUGAAUUUAUGGAUGUACAUUCAUAUCUAGAUUUUUUUAAAAACAAACAUGCAUGUUAUAUGUUGACUUUGCUGGCUUUCCAUAGUUGCGAUUGAUCAGAUCAAUCGCAACUCUUUGUAAGACGGGGGCCCAGAUCCUGCCUUUUAGCAAGAGUUGUAUUAAGUUAUUGUAUUGUUAGAUAUGUUUUACAAUAAAUUGCAUGGUUUUAUGCCAUGCUGUAUACUUAUUUAAUUAUUUAAUCCUAUUGUAAUAUUCUUUUCAAUGACAAUAUUGUAUAUUAUAAGUUGAGAUAUUUAAUUCAUGUCUAUGUGAAGCGCAUAUACUUCCUGUAUUAUGUGCUAUAUAAAUGUAUUUUAUUAUUAUUAUUAUUAAUGAUGCCUUCACAAUAAUUACGAAUGCUGAUAUGUGAAUAUGACCUGUAUGUAAUUAAAAUGUAAUCGUGAUAUAUAAACAUAUUUCAAUAGUGCUUAGUGUGAUGUAUUAUCCACUAAUAUUCGCUGGAAGAUGUACAAGAUAAACCAUGUGGUGGUAAAUGUCUUGACAAUUAUUUGAUAGAUUAUAUGGCAACUCUGGGCUGAAAGAGUGAUUAUAGCUAAACAAAUGGAGUACAAGUCACGAAACAAAAUGCUGAAAAGCUCAUUAAAAUCUGAUAAAACAAAUGAAA